AUGCUCCCGCUCAGGCGUCUCCUCCGACCUGCGCGCGCCGCUUCCUCUGUCUUCCGUCGCGCUCCAUACUCUCAUUAUUCAGAGCCUCCAAAUGUUCGCCAUGUAAGGUUCAGGCGGCCCUGGAUCAGGUCGUUCGUCACAAAGGCCUUGCUCUACGGCACAGCGUUUCAUCUCUGGACUACCUUCGUGCUGGUCCGAUUCGACGACGACCCGGAUGACGCAGACUUGGCUCAGGAACCCAGCCCCAGCCAGGCGGCUGCGCGCCGAAACCUCCACGGCGGCAAUGAAUCUGGUGGAGGCGAUGUCGAAGAGGUGGAAGCAGAGAGUCCUCUGUUCAUCCCGUUGGGCUGGUCCUGGCUACAAGAGGGCGAGCGGUACACAGCAGCGGACCCGGAAUGGCAACAGUUUGAACUGGCUACGAUCGUACAGGAUUCUGUCUCCGGUCGAAUUUCGCAAAUCCUCGGGGGGCCCAUCUCGAUCACCGGAUUUUGGCUCGUCCAUCAGUUCCCGUCCCGCGCUCCACCGUACUACAUGCGGUCAGGGAUCGAGUACUCCGAUGACGGUCUAUCUUGGGUUUCCAAACCUCUGGAUCCCGAAGUGGGUGACCGAUUGCAGAGUUACAUGAAACCGGUCCACGUGGCUCUCGCGAUUAAGGAUGCAUAUAUGUUGGUCUUGAAAAGGCAAUGGGCCCGCUUUACGGAUCCCGAAGGACAGGCGCUGGAUGUUGUGGAGGGUCUCUCGGAGGGUCGCCUUUCUCCAAACGGUGAAAACCUGGAUGCGGUUCAACAGCGCGAAUCUCCCGGUUUGCCAAUGCCGGACGGUCUGCAGGAAAACCCCGCACCUAGCUCCAUCUCUCACCCAUCCUCGAUCCUCUCCUCGCUACAACGGCUCCCCCUGCCGAAUCUCGGCCCCGGAUCCGAUCUGUACCUGGCGUCGAUGGCUUUCAAGUUGCGCUUGAGCGAUUACCGGAGCCGAACUCCACGGACUCCUCGCCGAGGCACCUUCUUUAUCUCCGGGCCGGUGGGCCUGAAGGGCCCGAAUGGCUUCUGCCGAUUCGAAGUGAGGGGCGAGUAUGAUCCAGCGACCGGACAAUGGCGAACGGUGGACCUGUUGCUGAAGGACUUGAACUUCCGGCGACAACGGGCGCUGGGGUGA